GUCGGAUCUCCUGCUCACCCUGUCUGAUUUAACUGUAGCGAUGCCACUGCGUUUUCCAUUUUCAGUAAUUACUUAAAUCACUACAGUUUUCUCAUAACUCACAAAAACAAGACCCAAGUUGUAUUAAACUGCAGGGUUUGUUUUGGAUGAAUACAUUCGAUGACGAUACACGUCCAGUUGGUCAACACAAACUUUAACUUGAAGCAGACUUUGGUACGAAAUGUGACUAGUUGAUGAUUAUCAGAGUAACUUCAGUCUUGUGUCUGACCUGCAGCACAGUGAUGAGUUUUGUUUUUGUUUUUUUUUGUUUUUUUCUCCUCCAUCAGCACCUGAUUGGGCUGUUUGCUUCUUCUUUUCUCAACUUGUGAAAUCUCAGGUUUCUUUUGUUCUCGACACUGCGACGUGCUUCUCUGAUGAAUUACUGAAGUGAGCGCACAAUGUGAUCAAUCAAUCAAUCGCCUGUUGAGCUCAAUCCUGAUAUAUGAUAAUUCUCUUGUGAUCACUGCACUUAUAAGAUGGUGGUUUAAACAACUGCCUCCCCCACAUGGCUUUUGCUGUGUGACGUAGCUCUACUGUUCGGUCUCCCUGAAGCUUAUUAAGCAUAUAUAACAUUUUAUAAAAAUGUAAUCAUUUCUUCUGUAGUUGGUGGAGGUACUCUUCACUCCACUAUAAGAAACUUCAGGAAACCCUGAGCUGGAAUUAUUAUUUCAAGUUUGCGCAGCCAUGCUUCUCUUUUCUCCUCGUCUCUCUCUUUCUCAGGGCAGGAGUUGACUUUAAUUGCAUUUAAGACUAUGGAAUGAUUUACAUAGAUUGUUGUAUUUAUUUUAAAAGCACUUUUUUGAAGAAGCACUUUUGGUUUGUAUUUGGUGGUGCCACGCACCAUCAUUAUUCCCUACUAAAAGAGGCGGGAAUGUUUGACUUGAAUGAGUGAAUCAUGUAGAUACUUUAGAAUACUUUUUAUUCAAUGCUUUCAGCCAAAGUGUGUCUUCCCACCAGUGUUUAACUGGGUUUCAUAUCUGUGAAGUAGCCUCCUUUCUUGCAAUGGUCUUACAGAAACAGAUUGAUCUAGUCUUUGUUUGAUCCCUCCCACAUGCUCUUUUGAGUCAUGUGAUGGAGUUAUCAGCAGUAGGAGAGGAUGCCACAUGUCAAAGAAAGACUUUGAAGAUUCAUCUUAGAUCACACCCAUUUUGCUUUUAUCCGUUCGACACUUUGAGCUGUUUUGAAGCACACAGAGAGUAAACACUGGUUUCAGUCAGGGUUAGAAGAGAAAAAUAGGGCUUUUUUUGUGGUUGUCUUUGUCAGGGUGUGUACAGGGUCAGAAAACAUCAUCCCUUCUUUCACAAACCUAAGCACUGCGUCUGACCCUUACCUUUUUGUUUUGAUCUGAGUGUGUGUGUGACUCCUUCACCUUGAGAGUGGUGUGUGUGUGUGUGUGUGUGUGUGUGUGUGUGUGUGUGUGUGUGUGUGUGUGUGUGUGUGUGUGUGUGUGUGUGUGUGUGUGUGUGUGUGUGUGUGUGUGUGUGUGUGUGUGUUUGGUGUAGCUACUGGUACAGCGAGCUGUUACACAUAAUGGCAUGAGGUACAAUAUGGUCAUCUUUUUAAGUGCCAUUACGUUUGCACAUUAGCCUCAUUCACCUCAUGGGUAUGUGCUGUGUUCUACAGUGUGUGCCCAAAACUUUAAAUGAGAGACGUGGGAUGUUACUACUUCAUCCCAUUGCCUGUUGACUUACACUGAGGCCAUUUCAGUUUAAAGUUUCUGCGCAUUAUAGCUUAUUACAUUAGUGAGUGUGUGAGAGUGUGUAUGUGUGUGUUUUGGGUAGGGGGGAGGGGGAAGUGGUGUGAAAGACAGCCCUGUUGUGAAAUGCCUUUUUUGUAAAGUGGACUGAUGCUGGUGUUUUCUUUUCUUUUUUUCUUUUUUUUCAUUUAGAGAGUAAUGUGUCUGUUACCUGUUGUCAAUUUAGCUUGUACAUUCAGAUAUGAACCUAAUAAAUAUGUCAGACCAAAAAGAAGCACGUCUUUGUCUCCCAUUUACAGCCUACGUAUAACACACACAUAUACACACACAUAUACACACACACACACACACGUACAGUAUAAACACACAUAGAAAGUGAGAACAGGACUGGGUCUUUGGAAGCACAAAUAUGUUUACCUUAGGGGCAGGUGAGAUGAUGUAUCAUGUUCCGUCCCGGUCUCCCACACAUGUGAGCAGCAAUAACAAUUAAUUCUACACCCUCACGCAGUCUCCCUCAGUGCAAACAUAAACCUGCCCGGCACACUGACAGUUGGGUUGGGGGCGGGUGGAGCUGAAGAACCCCCUUUUGUGUCAGCUUUCAUAUAAUACACUUCUCAUAUUCACAACACUUUUUUUCAUCUAUAUAUCAGCGCUCUUUCACUGUAAGGGUGUGUGUUAUCAUUCCUUGGCUCAGAUACACCCUGUAUGUCAUCACAUUCCUCCAUAGUUUACAAGUGAUCGUAAACACACCUGCUGCUCCGGACACUUUUUCUACUCUUCCUCUCUGCCUUUCCACCUCUUUCUGCGCACACAGUGCAAGACCACCUUUACUUUGUCAUCUGCACCUGCCUGCUCUCUCUCUCUCUCUUUCUCUUUCUUCCUGGAGCGCAUACACAUGGAGAAAUGUACGCAGUGGGUCGAGCACGCAAUGAGAAGUGGAUGGAAAAGGGGAAGAGGAGGAGUUGUAUUAUGUACUUUUAAAUGGGUUGUGGAGAAACCUGCCUGUCCGCUUGGAGCUGGGAGAGGAGGAGCCUGUGGGGUGUGGGACUCUAGACAAAGGAGACAUAUACACACUGACACUGGAUCACUAGAGCGCAAGGAGAGGCAGACAGCUGGAGACAAUCCUCAACUCCUGGAAUACUUUGUUCUGUUUUGAAAAACUUGUCCAAAAAAAAAAAGGGGGGGGGGGAAUCUUGUCAGCUGUAUGUAUCCUCGAGCGAGCUGAUAGAUGUUUGUGUUGAGGCACUGGUCGCCAUAUUCUGCCUGUAGUGCCGAGACGUGCGUGUGUUAGUAUGUUUGGGAUGGAAAAGUGGGGCUGGCACGACCAACAGCUCUGCUCUUAGCUCUACGCCAUGGGGGGUUGCCAUAGUUACCCCUCAGCUACAAAGACAGACGGCACAGCUCUGCAGCCCUCUGACAUCAACAAUGAAAAACUGGGAAUUAACAACAAUAAUCUGGAAGAGCGUCCGUAUCUCCAGCAGCAGUUCGUGUGCCAGCGGGUCACACACACAGACAUGUUCGCCCUCACAGCGCUGCCGCCUGGCAUUGAUAAGGCAGAGUGGCUCGCCAGCAACACCGUGGCGUUUUUCAAGCACAUAAACCUGUUCUCUAGUGCACUGUCCGAGUUCUGCACUCCCAGCACCUGCCCGACUGCAUGUGGACCAGGCAACACAGUUUAUGUCUGGACUGACGAACAGGGCAGGAAGCUGAAGUGCUCCGCUCCACUUUACUUCGACUAUGCCAUGUCAUACAUUCAGGAUCUCUUGACUGAUGAAGACGUGUUCCCCACAAAAACGGGUGCAGUGUUUCCAACAGGCUUCGUCUUUCUGGUACAGAAGGUGUUUUUGCUGUUAUUCAGGACUCUGGCUCACAUUUACUGGUGUCACUACAGAGAGACACUCGCUAUGGGUCUGCACCCACACCUUAACACACUCUUCACACACCUCACACUCUUCUGCCGGCAGCAUGCACUUCUGGAGCCAGAAGAUACCGAGCCGCUGCAGGACCUCAUCACCGCUCUGGGACAGCAAGGAGCAACUUAAAGAGAAAUACAUGUAUUGUACACCAUUCUUAUAUAUAUUUUUUUUUAUCACACACUUAUUUACUCGUUAUAGCUGAUUAAAAAGCUUUUUAGUGACUCUCACUUCUCUUGCCAAAACUUUACUUCACAGUAUGAAUUUUUUCUUUCUUUUUAAAAAAAGGUCUUGAAGUUGUAAAAGAAAAUGCUGUUUAUGAACAGCAUGUGGGAGAAUGAAUGAAUCUGUUCUGCUUCAAGAAGCAGUGAAUCAGACCACACAACACUAUGUGACUUCUGUUGUAUAGAGCUGUCAUCAGUUAUUGUGAUAUUGUGUGAAACUGUAUUGUUGCAUGUUUGUGUAUUUUAACUUUAUGGUGCAUUUUUCUGUCUUGAUAUGGUCAAGAUCUUUUAGGUCAAAGUCUUCCACAUACACUUAAUAAAAAACAAAAACAAUGAAUCGUCCUGUGGUGUACUUUCCCAAUGUAAAUAUAAAUUAAAUGUGCCAUCACUGCAUGCUGAAUUGUUGCAGAACCCAUAACAUGAUGUGUUGACGCCAAAAUGUGAUUACAUUGUGGAGACUGAAUUGUAUAUUAUUCAUUUGUAUGGAACUGCUCAGCUUGUCUUUUGUUGUGUAUGAAUCUGUACUCUGCAAUAAACAUUUGUGACAGUUUUGUGCAUAUCGUUGAUUUAAAAAAGAAGGGUUCUCAAUAGAAAUUAUUUGUAUUUGAGGUAUUAU